AUGGUGGAUUUAAUCAAAUCUGUGGGCGAUACGAAGAAGCUGCAGGAUCGUUUGAUCAAGUGUUUUGAAGGAUUAAUGCCAUCUGUUGAUGAUGUUUUCGUUCGCAAAUGUUUGAAAGCGUUGCGAGAAAAUCGGUCCAAUUAUUAUGAUCUGGUUGAGUAUGUCAGAGAGAAACUCAACACUGGUUACUGGCGCGACGUUCCCGCCUUUUGGCGUGAGUCGUACUCUCUCCUUCGUCUCGCUUCUGUUCUUUCGUGUUUGUCUGCUUCAGUGCACACUAACGCUUCCAAAGUGGAAUACGUAAUGUGGCUUCUGGAUGAUGCUCUUAUCAUGGGUCACUCUGAUAGUCUUUGUGAAGUAAUAACCAGUCUUGCUAAACAAACUAAUGCUUUUCUAACUGAACAUUUCUCUUUCAGAUCCUUUCCCACUUACUAUUCCGAUAUAGAUGUUGCACAUCCAGUGUUAACAAAUUUCACAUUUCCAAGCGAGGUGAUUUUAGAACUUCGACGUGUCCAUCAACCGUCCGUUGCUGAAUUUAUCGACAUCCUUGCAGCCGGAGUUCCCGUCAUUAUAACUGGUGCGAUGUCCCACUGGUCUGCGUGCAAUAAAGCUUCUGACCACUAUUGGUCGCCGGCGUACUGGUCAAAGACAGCCGGCUAUCGUACCAUCCCCAUUGAGGUAGGCUCCUCUUACACAGAUGAGUCUUGGGGUCAGCGUCUGGUUACUGUAAACCAAUUCUUUGAGACCUUUAUCCUCAAUCCAGACAAAAAACAGCCCCUUGGGUAUCUAGCGCAACACCAAAUUCUUCUACAGAUUCCUGAGUUGGCGGAUGACGUCGAUAUUCCUGAAUAUUGCUAUACUGGUAAAACAGACGCGGAAUCUCUUGAAACCAUGAUCGAUAGCAACAUAUGGGUUGGUCCAGCUCAUACCAUCUCCCCUCUCCAUCACGAUGGGGAUCGUGCAAACUUGCUUUGUCAGUUGGUAGGAAAGAAGUAUGUCAAGCUCUAUAACGCACAUCAAACAGAGUUCAUCUACCCACACGUUGAGACCUCCAUGCUCUCCAAUACCUCGCAGCUUGAUGUUGCAAGUCAGCAACCAGAUUUCGACAAGUUUCCAAAAUUUAAACAGGCUCGUGGUUUUCAUGGAGUUCUUGAAUCCGGUGAGAUGCUGUUCAUUCCACCUCGCGGAUGGCAUUAUAUUCGUGCUCUUACUACUAGCAUCUCCAUGAACUUUUGGUGGUGUGUAGAUGAUUGCUUCGUUCCUCCUUGGCCUGAAGGCUACAAAUUACUUGCUAAAAUGAGUAAUCCUCGGACCAAGGAGGACAAUUCUUUUGAUCUGGAACAGCAAUUCAUUCUCCGAAUGCCGGAAGAGGCCGCUCGAUACUUAGCUGAAGAUAUCGAUCUUGGUGUUUCUUUCAAGGACAACUUCACGGUGGAAAUGAAGCCAGAUAUGCGGCACUGCAUUGUGCGCUAUAAUGGCCAGGUCUAUCAGGGUCGAGUGAUGGAUCUGCCGUGCCUAAUUGAGUCCCAAAAGACGACGGAUAGGAAGAAUUUUUAUAAGACUGCUGAUAUCUCACAGAUGAUCAUUUGUACACAGGAUGACGAUGGCACAGCUCCAAUUCGAGGUUCUGCUGCUUACCUCGCAGCACGGUCAUCUCAUAAUCGCCCUCAACCGAUCAACACUUAUGGGUUAGUCUUCCUGAAGCAGAUUCGUCCUCUUUUCCAAAAUAUAUGGCACGCUGCAUUAUGUUGUUCUGAUGGAAUCAUAGACGAGAUAAUCGGGAAUUUCAAUAUUUGCAUGACCCGAAAAAAACGGUCUGUUGACAUGCCUCAGAUUGAGAAAGAGGUGAAAAAUCUACUCAGAGCUGAUCUUCAGGCAGAUUUUGUCACGUGGGAAGUGGUUUGGAGCGAACCGCCAAGUCAGGCACAGCCUUCGGCAACCAGUGGAGAUGGGGCCGCUGGUGAAGGAGAAAAAGGCGCAGGCGCUGCUAUCCUUUCCUCUUCAGCCUCGAUUGCGGCCCUGGAUUCUUUGCACAAGACUCUCUCAGACACCCAACCUCUAGCAGAUAUUGAUGAGGAGGCGGCUGAUGAUACUGAUGAUGGAGCUAAUCAUCGAAUUUCUGCGAUGGACAACCUCUUCGGAGUAAUCAGUAGCAGUAGCGACGACAGUGAGGCUACCUACAGUGACGCACCAACCAACUCAGAUGUUGAAGAA